AUGGAUCCUCGUCAGCCAGUGGAUAGCAGUUCUCUGCGGGAACAUUUCCUCCAUUGUUUGGUCCCCAUAAUGUUUAACAGCGACGAAGUGGUGUUGCAGAACCCAGUGAAGUAUAAAAAUCCUAAUCAUGCUUGAAACUUUACCCCCGGGAACGUCAAUUAUCCGACUACGCUUCUGCGAGGCAAUUUGGGUUACAUAAAGAUAAUCAACAGCGGCCAAAAGGACAUAACAUGGGACGCCAGUCAAAUCCUCACGCGGGCAGAGGAUUGCUCAGAGCCAGCCAUAGAUAGCCAGGAUGGCCGAUUGUAA